CUCCUCAGCCUGCCUGCAUUGAUUUGGGGAUGAUGUGGGCCCACGCACUGUGGACACUCCUCCUACUCUGCAAAUUCAGCCUGGCAGUUUUGCCAGCUAAACCUGAGAACAUUUCCUGUGUCUUCUACUAUGAGGAGAAUUUUACUUGCACCUGGAGUCCAGAGAAAGAAGCCAGUUAUACAUGGUACAAAGUAAAGAGAACUUACUCUUAUGGAUAUAAAAGUGAUAUUUGUCCAAGUGAUAAUUCUACAAGAGGAAAUCAUACUUCUUGUUCCUUUCUUCCUCCAACAAUAACAAACCCAGAUAAUUACACCAUUCAAGUGGAAGCUCAAAAUGCAGAUGGUAUAAUUAAAUCUGAUAUAACACAUUGGAGCUUAGAUGCUAUAACGAAAAUUGAACCACCUGAGAUUUUCAGUGUGAAACCAGUUUUGGGCGUCAAACGAAUGGUUCAAAUAAAAUGGAUACGGCCUGUGUUGGCUCCUGUUUCAUCUACUUUAAAAUACACACUUCGAUUCAAAACAGUAAAUAGUGCCUACUGGAUGGAAGUCAACUUCACCAAAGAAGAUAUUGAUAGAGAUGAAACCUACAACCUCACAGGACUGCAGGCCUUUACAGAGUAUGUUAUAGCUCUGCGAUGUGCCACUAAGGAGUCCAUGUUCUGGAGUGGUUGGAGCCAAGAAAAAAUGGGAACAACUGAGGAAGAAGCUCCACAUGGCUUGGAUCUGUGGAGAGUCCUGAGACCCGCCACAGUAGAUGGAAGAAGGCUAGUGCAGUUGAUGUGGAAGAAGGCAAGUGGAGCCCCAGUCCUGGAGAAGGCACUUGGCUACAACAUAUGGUACUUUCCAGAAAACAGUACUAACCUCACAAAGACAUUGAACACCACUAACGAGAAGCUUGAACUGUAUCUGGGAGGCAAGACCUAUUGGGUUUGUGUGGUUUCUUAUAAUUCUCUUGGGGAAUCUCCGGUGGCCACCCUGAGGAUUCCAGCUAUCAAUGAAAAGUCAUUUCAGUGCAUUGAGGCCAUGCAGGCCUGCCUCACUCAGGACCAGCUGGUGGUGGAGUGGCGAAGCUCUGCUCCAGCGGUAGACACAUGGAUGGUUGAGUGGUUUCCAGAUUUGGACUCAGAGCCCUCCACUUUUUCCUGGGAAUCUGUGUCUCAGGCUACAAACUGGACAAUUAAGCAAGAUGAAUUAAAACCUUUCUGGUGCUAUAACAUCUCUGUGUAUCCAGUGUUGCAAGAUCGAGUGGGCAAGCCAUUUUCCAUCCAGGCUUAUGUCAGAGAAGGCAUUCCAUCAGCAGGUCCUGUGACCCAGGCGGACAACAUUGGUGUGAAGACAGUCACAAUCACAUGGAAAGAGAUUCCCAAGAGUCAAAGAAAUGGUUUCAUCACCAACUACACCAUAUUUUACCAAGCUGAAGAUGGAAAAGAAUUCUCCAAGACAGUUAACUCCAACAUCCUGCAGUACGAUCUGGAGUCCCUAACACGAAAGACCUCUUAUAGUCUUCAAGUCAUGGCCAGCACUAGUGCUGGGGGGAUCAACGGCACCACGAUAAACUUCAAGACAUUGUCAAUUAGUAUCCUUGAGAUUUUCCUUAUAACUUCUCUGGUUGGAGGUGGCCUUCUUAUUCUCAUCAUCUUGUCAGUGGCAUAUGGUCUCAAAAAGUCCAACAGAUUGAAGCACCUCUGUUGGCCCGAUGUCCCCAACCCUGCUGAAAGCAGCAUAGCCACAUGGUGUGGAGAUGAUUUCAAGGAUAAGAUAAAUUUGAAGGAAUCUGAUGACCCUGUGAAUAUGGAAGAAGACAGAGUUCUAAAACCAUAUUCUUUCCCCAGAGACCUUAUUGACAAGUUGGUGGUGAACUUUGAGAAUUUUCUGGAAGACGUUUCCACAGAGGAACUUGGAAAGGGUCAGGAAAACAUUUUGAGAGAGGAAAAAAAUGAAUAUGUGACUUCUCCAUAUCGGCCUUACUGUCCUCUCAUUUCAACUGAGAUUCCACAGAGAAAAUCCCAACAACUGUGUUCUAGAAUACCAGAGGGGAUCUGCUUAGAAACCACAGAGCAGCUUCUUUCUUCUGUUCCGAAUUUAGGGCCAGACCGUAUCUGUGAAGAAGGAGAACCUAAUCCAUACUUGAAAAAUUCAGUGACAACCAGAGAAUUUCUCACGUCUGAAAAACUUCCAGAGCAAACCAAAAAGGAAGUCUAAUUGUUACUGUGACUUGAAUCUCUCUGGGUCGUAGUGUGGGUAACUCUUAUAGAUAGAAUGUAUUAGGCUUAGCCAGAAGAGCUUCCUUGGCUGUCUCCCCAUCCUUGCUUUGUGUUAGAGAAAUUGUCACACAUCCCUGAGUGGCUUGUUGAACUUGGUUGGCACAGAUGUGUAACUUGCCUGAGAAGAAGGGAUAGUGGUAUGUCUGAGCAUUUUGCAGAGGAAAAGUGUUUAUUUUGUUCAGGUAACAAGCUCUCACUGAGAUCUCUGACAUAAUGAUUUUAAGGGACAGUGGAGCCCCUAAGGUGGAUAUAUCUUGCCUUCCCUAGGAAUUAGGUCAUUGCCACAACUUUUGCUCGAGCUGCUCCUCAGAGAUCCCACAGACUUUCCCCAUUGCCAGAGGACAGUAGUCUGGUAGGAGGUGGAAAUCUCUCCCUUUACCUUGGUUUCCCUUGGGUUCUGGGUUCUACCUCCAAGGAA